AUGGAUGAACACAUGAAAUCUUACAGUCACAAUAGAAGUAAGACAACUACUCCGUUAAAACAGAAUACUGCAUUGAAAGCAGACUCUACGCAAAGCGUGCGUCAAAGUAGACUUGAUGCUGUAGCAAAAAGCGUUUCAGCUGAACAGUAUUUCAACACAGUACCAACUACUCACAUUGUUCCAACAAAUGUGAUCAAAGACACAUCAGUUAGCGUCAAAAAUAAUGAGAAAUCAAAAGCUAUUGAAUCAAAAGGAAAACAACAAAUCAAGAAAGAAUCUUCAGAAGCCAAGAGUCUAAAAAAGCACAAAAAGACAUUGAGUCCUAAGAAAACAUUCCUUAAAGCAGUUAGUUUACAAUCGAAAGACCAGACAAAAAAGAAAUCAGUUAAAAGAAAGAAGCUCAUUGGGAUGAUCACUGAAGGUCAAGGAGAUGCUAGUAGAGUUUUCCUGAAUCCGCAAUCGACAACCAGAAAUAAGCAACGACGAAGAAGAACGUCAGGUAAAACAGGUUCCUCAUUAUCUAAUUCGACAUCCACAACAGAAAUAAUUGCCAAAUUUCCAGAUGUAGAGGAGCAACAAUCAAAGACAAAAAUACAUAGGUCAGCUUCACAUUCAGUUCAAGUCAUGGUUAAAAAGGAUGCAAGUCCGAACCAACAAACGCAAUCUUCUACAGCACAGUUUGUGAAAACAGAUGCGCCAACAGCAAAAAGGAAGAAAAGUAUACGGCCAAAAACGAGUGCCGUGGCCAAAGGAGGAGAUAGUACAUUAUCUGAUCAUGGCGAGGCAACUACAAGUGGCGAAAGGGAUAUUCAAUUUCCAACAAAAACGAGCAAGAGUAAAGAAGAGAGCGUUGAUAAUUCUAUUGUUUCCAAGAAAAAAUCAAAAAGUCCCAAACAAAAAAAAUCCAAUAAGAAAAAACAUAUGAAAGGUCUGUCAACAGCUAACUCACCGUCUCAAACCGAACAAUUAACAAUAACAGAGUUAACCCCUAUGUCACAAGAUCAUAUUGUCGUCUCUGCAAGUAGUGCAUCAGAAACUAAAACAGAUACGUUACACACUCCAAAAAAACAAAAGAAUAAAGAAAAACGUGGCAGAGUAAAAAAGAAAAGUGGUUUUGCAAAGAAACGAGACAUUUCUAAAGCAUCAACAAGCACCAUUCGUGGAAACAGUAUCCAGUUAGAUGUUUCUACAAAUUUAUCUCCAUCAUCUACCCGGAUGGCGACGGACGAUGAACUCGACAUCGCAGCGAGGAAAACGAAGGAACAACCAAAAAAUUCGAUAGUAAUAUCUAGCCGAACGAAAGUAGAUCGAGGAAAAAUUAGUAAUGAUGAUGUUAAAAAGUCAAAAUCGUCGAAAUUCAAGAAGGCGAAGAAAAGUAAAUCGCCGGCAGAAGAAGCCCGUGUAAAAGCUGAAAUAACCGAAAAAGAACGUAUUGAAAAUGUAAAACGUAUUACAGAAGAAAAAGCUAGUUUGGCCAAAGAGGUAAAUAAACUUCGUCGUCAAGAAUUAAGCGAAUUUUAUGAAUUUAUUAAACCUCUUCGUGAAGAAGCGCAUCAAAUUAGAAUAAGAGAACGAGAAGAUUUCAAAACUAUUAAUGACCUUGAAGAUAUUUUACAAUUCAAAUGGUUAAAAGCCAUUCAUGAUAUUAUGUUAAAAGCGACAGAUUUACAAGAUAUGGAAACAAAUAAUUUCCAAUAUACAACCAAAAAUCAAAAUGUGACACUUUGUGUAUGGGCCAAUCUAAGUCAUAAUCCAAGAGUGAAAAGUUUCACUUUUGAUACGUUUAAUUUUGGUUUCGAUCUGCCAAAAUCGUUAUCACUAGCAAAUAUAGCUAUUGUAGGGCUUUUUCUAGAACAUGAUUAUUAUUCAGAACGCUCACUUUUAUCUAAAUGUCGAACGAAAGCACCAGAAUACGAAUAUGAUUCCAUACCAGAGGCUCUUAUUGAAGAAAUACCAGCUGAAGAAGAUCAAAAUUUUCCAAAUGAAAGUGUAUUUGAUACGAAUCUAUCAUUAAAAUUAAAAAAAAAAGACGAAGCUGAUAUUAUGUUGUCUAGAAAUACAACAUUUGAACAAGCAACAAUAAUAACUGAAGAAGAAAGAACUAGCAGUCAACGUUCAGCAACAGAAUUUAGCACACCACAAUCUCCUUCAAAUCACGAUAAAUUACGCAAUAGUACAGCUGAUCAAAUCCUUAAAGAAUUAGCUGAUGAAACCGUUGUGGAUUUACGCUCAUACUGGCCACUGUUACCACUAGUAAAAAUCGAUCUUACUCAUAUACCUCCACAACCCAAAAAAUUACAAGAAUGGACCAUUGUUCCAGUUGAUAAUAAUGAUAUUCUUGUCUCGUAUCUUUAUCCAAGUGAUCCAAUGAUAGCUGAAAGAUUUUAUGAAGAUUUUGUUAAUAAAAAUAAGUCGUCGGAUUAUUCGAUAAAAAAAGAUGAUGAUAAGAGUAUAAAAGAUACAGAAGACACAUUAAUAGAUCCAUCAACGACGUUUGAUGCAACAAUGACUGAAAAUAAUUCAGAAAUCCGAAAAUUGUUUGUAGUAGCUGCAUCCAAAAAUGAAACACCCGUGCUUAUUAAAUUCAAAGUUCCAGAUAAUUUAUUUGUAAUAGAAAAACCUGUUCUUGGCCGAUGGAGCUCGGACAAGAAACAAUGGAGACAAGACGGUUAUAUUGAUUAUCAAUAUAUGCCAGAUACUCGUAUGAUAUCAUUUAAAACGUAUGAUUUUGGCACCUAUGCUCUGUUGAAUGAUCGCCAUGCUCACAUGCCCUUUCACUCAUGGAAAAUGUACCCGAAAGGGAUCGAUCAUGUCAAUUUUACACUAUACACACAAACAUUUGAAAUAACAUUUGAAAUUAAGGUAAGAGAACUGACUUAA